AUGCGUUUCUCGACAACGACAGCCAGCCUGCUGGCUUCUACAGCCGCCGCCUUCAGCGACUCUUCACCCCUUGUGCUCUUCUCUACGUCCAAACUUUCUAUACCAGCCGGCGAGACCUCCCAACUUCAAUCGACAUCCCGCGCCUUGCACACCACCCACGACAUCCUGGCCGGCUGUCCCACAAGCCGCUACGUGCUAAUCGGCCAGCCCAACGUGCACGCUUCGGACCUGCGGAACCCCCAAUCCGGAGUAUGCCACUCAGCGAACCUGUGCUCUUCCGUGGACGAGAAAGCUGUACAAGGUCGCUAUGAUGUUGCCGAGGUCAUAGGGGAUGAUAUCAGCCUCGACGGCCUGAGCAACUACAUCAAGGCCGCCUGUGCGGAGCAAGGGAAGAAGGAUGGGUUGACGGUCGAGGAGCAUCGCCUGGAGGCCUUGCCAGCUCAGAAAGGCGAGGCCAGAGCGAUAAAGCUUGCUGAGAAUGACGUCGAGAUCGGCGAUAUCCUCUCCAGCACGCAAGCCGGCGGUGAUGACUACACAGUGAUCUACUUCUCGUCCCCUCACUCAUCUGCCGUCUACGAGUCCGAAUACGUCGAGUCGGCCGCCAUCCAGAUGGAGCUGAAGAGACAGACGGGCGACAUCGUCGAGCCCCGGGCGGCGGGCAACGCGAGCGACCGCUCUGCGCCCUUGUUCGUCAAGUACCAGUUCUUCACCCCGGGCAUUUUCAUGGGUAUAGUUGCUCUGAUUAUCAUGCUGUCCCUCCUCUACGUGGGUUUGUCGGCUGUGGCAAGCCUGGAGGUCUCGUAUGGCGCUUUUGACAAGGAGAAUGGUCCAGCCGCGCAGAAGAAGAACUGA